AUGAGGUUGGUUGCAAUGUUUGCAACGAAGAGGACGUAUAGCAGCACUGUCUGGCACGAGUCAGAGGUGCUGAUAGAUCGUCGGUCAAAAUUCCAGGGCCGCUGUUGUAUACUACAGAGUGCUAGUGAUGUGCCCGAGCUACUGGAAGGCCUUGUAGAUGGCAACAAGCGCAUAGCGAAGGCAUCACAUCCCCUCAUAUACGCGUGGCGUACUGGGGAGGUCAUAGAAGAGCCAUUCGAGAAGAACGGCAAGAAGAGGAGCGCGGCGCAGCAGCACCCGCGCGCGCGCGUACGCAAUGUCAGCCAGGGCAGUGCGGACGGGGGCGAGGCGGGCGCUGGAAACGUGCUUCUGUCGCUGCUGGAGAGGAACCAGCUUGUUAACGUGCUGAUAGUGGUCACACGAUGGUACGGAGGGACACCACUAGGCCCGGCGCGGUUCAGACACAUUUCGACGGUUGGCGUACAGAGCCUGCGGAAUGGAGGCCUGACGUGA